AUCACCCAAAGCAGCGGAGAUACAUAAUUGUAUAGAAGUGAAGCUCACUGCUCGUUCGAUUAGCUUAAGUUCGCAGAUUAGCGCCACAGCGUGUCAGUGGCAAGUGACUAGUGGUGGCAACAUUUGCAUUGUAUCAGCGCUCGUAAAUUGUGUGUCACGCUUAAAUUAAUAAAGUGAAAAUCGCGCGAGUAGAGCACAAGUCGAAAGUAUACAAGUCACGCGCUUUAUGUAAAUAACCGAAUAAUUGCCAAAGUUUUUGACACAAAUCAAAAUUGAGUGGCCGCGAAGUGUUCACCAAAGAAGUGCGGUUUGCGCGCUACAGAGCCCAACUAAGUUUCGUAAAGUUGAAUAAACUAUUAACGGUUUAUGUGAGUGAUAGUGACGUGAGUGCAUUAGAUUUGUGAUUCAUAACAAUGUUUUCGCUUGGCCAGAACAUUCAUCAAUGUCGCCACGGUCACAGACGAAGCGCACAUUUGACACACAGCAUCCUGUUAUGCGCUCUGGUGGCGCUCAUGCUAUGCCUGACUGUGGGUGGGGACGAUUUGAGAGCAUAUAAAUAUGUUUCCAGAGCGCGUGAAAGGCAGCUGGAGAAUCUGGCCAUACGCAUAAAUGAAUCCGUCAACCCAAAUAGAUAUCCGUGUGAGAGCUUCUACGAUUAUGUCUGCAGUUAUAGUAAACCGUUAUUCACGAUACUGGGUCAUUUGCCCAAACUCGACGAUCUCAUGAAGCUAUUUACCGAGCUGCAGCAAGAUCCCGAAAAAUGUACAGCCAAAGACAAGAUGUUGGCUUUUUUCGUUUCCUGUACCUCGAAGAAAUGGCUGGAGGAUUGCUAUCGUGAAACAUUCGAAUAUUUUAAGCCACUCUUUGGUUACAUCAUCAACAAAAAUCAUGUCGGCAGCAAUUCGGCCGAACAUCAGACCUUCUUGCAGCUACUUGAUACUUUUCUGUACAAGGCCGCGCAAACGCACAACUUCAUGCAUCAUCCUAUACGUCAUCGCUUGCUGACGUUGAAAGAGAAAUUCCGCUUGCCGCAGAUCUAUUUGCGGCCGCACGAAUUAAGCGAGGAGUACGAAACGUUAAUGAUGUAUCCCGAGAGUUAUAAGCAUAAUGUGCGUAAUUUAGAGUUGCAUCGCAGACGUAAUUCCACCUAUGAGUUGGGCGUCGAGCGCACCAUAUUGGAUUGGUCAUUGUAUUUGUAUCAGAGUCGCAAUAUGCCCAUGUCCUAUUAUUAUCCCACAUUAAAUGUACAUCUGUGGAUGACAUUGUACAAUACGACGGAGCGUGAUCGUGAGCCGAAGCGUGUACAUGAGCUCGCUGAGUGCUUGAAGUUGCCACCGUAUGUACACGUGCUGGAUGAGGCGCGCGUUUUAGCUCUGGUCUAUUUGAAGGCUUUUCAAAAUGCUUGGGUUGAUUACAGUACUUGGAUUAAGCCCGAUCGUGCGAGUAUAAACAAUGACAUCUAUGAUCAUGAGAAUAGAAUACUGUCGCGCUAUAAGUUGGAUAACAAGAAGGUUUUCUUCAUUUUAUAUGGACAGAAUUUUUGCGAGUUCGGUAAAGAGUUGGCAGAGAAUAUCUUCUAUUUGGGCAUGAAACAGAAUCGCGAUUUCUCCGAAAGCUUCGAUUGUGUAUUAGCACCAGAGCCGCGUAUGCCAUGUAACGUAUAGACGUGAGCUGUGUAACAUUUACUAGAAAUUAAAUUAUAUAAAAAACAAGAUAUUGUCAAGUUUACUUACAAACUCUGAAUUAUAAAUAUACAAAUUGGAUUUUAUUCUUUCUAA